GCCAUUUAUAAACAAUUUCUAUUGUUUUAUUCACGUGAAUUAAUCAACCGAUAAAAUUAAACAUGCCGCCGUUUUAAUUCCGGGUGAUAUCAGCUAAGUGACAGAAUAAAACACAAUUUAUGGAAAGAAAGUUGCUACAGAGAAAUAAAGCAAUGACGUUUUGUGUUGACUGAGAGGUUUUCUUUAUUUCAUUGAGUUUAUUUGUCGAAGUGAUUAAAAUGAGUUCACCUCCAAAAACGCCCGUUUCGGGUUCUACUGACCUGCAAAAAGACUCUUUGAAGGGAAUACUUCCAAAAAGUAUUCAGUGCAUUAAGGAACUGCAAGAAUACGACAUGGAGCGGUUAUUCAGUAGUGCUUCCACUAACUGGAUGCUAUCGACCGAAGAAUACCGUCUCACCACUUCAGCCCCUCUUGGACUCAUUGGUGGUUCGUCUCUCCUAGACUACAGGUAUUGUGUCCUACUGCUGGAAGAAGAUAGCACUAUAAAACCUCUUGACUACAGAGAAAUCCAUCAAAUGAUCCGUGAACUGACAAACGGAAUUUAUGCUUUGAACCAAACACCUUCAGUGUCUUUGGAACCAAACUAUGACCAAACAUCGUCAUGCUGUCUUCCUGCAGCCUAUGACAACACCAAAGUUGGACAACUUUUUAUCGAAGUGGACUACAUGCUUAAGGCUCUCUGGCAUGGUGCCUACCUACCAAAAGAUAAAAGAUCGAAAUUUCUCGAAAAAUGGCGAGCGAACUAUAAAGCCAACAGUUUUGGUGUUAAAAACGAAGAUAAAAGACUGAUUCCGUCAGAAUUUACCGGCAUAGGUAUGAUCGACCUCAUGAAAGACCCUGAAAUUUCUGCAGCUUUUCCGAAAUCCACACCCGAUACCAUCUCCAGCUGUCGUACAUUUUCAGUGCUCAGCGACUACUUGAGUAUGCAAAUGCUGCUUAGUCAACUGUCAAUCAUCCAUCACGAAGACCUUUUCAUGAUAAAUGCAGCAUGGUCGAUCAGCAGUAAAGUAGUGUUGAGCAAUGACAAAGCCGAUCCUGAGACUAUAGCGUCGUUAAAUAUCUAUCUCCAGCAACAAGUCGAAAUCGUCAGCCGAGCGUUAGAAGUAAAGGCAAAUAUGAGGCGUAGCCUUAUCAUGUUAAAGCUUGUCUCUUUUCUGACUACGCUUUUUGUUGGAAUGAGAAAACGUAUGAAAAUCCCGCAUAAAGACCGUUUACUGAAGCCAUAUCCUGUUGAUGAAUGUCGAACGGAAACAGAUUUACCUCCCCUCAUGCUGCCACCCGAGUGCACAUUUUCGUUCUUCAAAAAUGAGGGACCUUAUUUCCACCUUCACGGAGGAAUUUCCAUCGAUUUUGACACACCGUCGGUUACUGAGACAGACCAUUCGAUAAAAGAUGCUUAUAACACAGUGAAGAGUUCGGCGUUGGAUCAUUUAGAUGAACUACUGAAUAAAGAGCCGCCUUUGUUUGACCAUCAGUUCAGUGUUCCGCUGCAGAAAAUUGGAAAUAAAAGAUACUACACUAUCGUGAUAGAGUUUGAAACUUACUACCCUCAGAUUCCUCAAGAACCAUUAUGGAUCCGAGCUUACCUAGAAGAAUUGACCAAACUGAAGACUAAACGAGCAACAAAUAUAGAAAACAGCAUAUUUGAAGUAUUCAAAAAACAUUUCGGUCUGAAGCGAGCACUUAAAAGCAAGAAUCAUUCUUAUGCAUUACGACUAUCAGCCCAGAAAGGACUUCUUCCCGCCUUCCAGUAUUUCUGCCGCAAAAUUCCGUCCAAUCGAAGUGUGAGCAAACAAGAUGACUCGGGAUAUUGUCUUCUGCAUCAUGCUGCAAUGAACAAUCGGCCCUCUGUCAUUGUUCUUUUGUUGCAGCAAGGUUUAGAUAUUAAUGUGAGACGCCAUAACUUAACUUCUGUCGGUCCAUCAGCUCUACACCUGGCGGUUCAGUGCGGGGCUUUUGAUGCUGUUGUGUGCCUCGUUUGCAAUUUUGCCCAACUCAAUGCAAUUGAUAAUAAUGGCUGGACGCCAAUUCACUGUGCAGCUUUCUACAACCAGGCGUCUAUUCUUGAAGUGUUCCUGCGACAGGAUACGGAAUUUACCGAAAUCCAAACUCAAGAUAACCUAAAGUCUACUCCUCUCUUAUUGGCGGCCACUUCCGGAUGUCUGCCAACUAUCACGACAUUACUGAGAUACAAUGCCGAUGUUACUGGCUGUAACCUUCGAGGCCACAACGUGAUUCACACCGCUGUUAUACAUGGACAUACUCGUAUUGUUCAGUACUUCAUCCGAUUGGAUAUGAAGCUCUUACCCGUCUGGAAUAUACUUGUAGAUAUGCUUAAGUUUGAAGACAUUCUAGCACAAGAAAGUGCCGUUCGCUGCAUGGAGGAACUUAUUUUAACAAAUUCAGAAUGUUGGAUAAACAUUUACAAUUCAGAUGGAGUAACAGCUCUGGCAAACCUUUUCGAUUCAACAAGCAAAGAAGUGGUGGCACUAACCUCGUCCGUACUAUGUAACAUGACCGAAAAUGUAGAAGUUCAGAAGUUGCUGACAGACAUGAAUCUUGGUCCAAGUCUUGUACAUUUGUUGUCGUCUCCUGUCGGUGACAUACAAGCGCGGGUCUCGAUCAUUAUAUCAGACCUAGUGUCAAACAUCGAAUCAAAUCAGAAGAUAUUUGCAAGACAAGGCGUCAUUCCUGCGCUUAUCCAACUUCUGGAUUCCGAUAUGGAAGAUGUCCUGCUGAACGCAAUCAAUGCUAUACGAGUAAUGUGUCUGAGCAGCCCUAGCAACCAAACUGAAGUUACCGAGUGUAACGGUGUAGAACCACUCGUAGACCUUUUGAGUAUCAACUCAGACAAUAAUUUCCUUGAAUCUGCCGCCGCCGCUACACUAGCAGCAAUUUCAUUGGGUCAUUUUGAGAAUCAAAACUUCAUAGUUGCGGCCGGUGCAGCGGAACCACUGGUGAAUCUUACUCGAAGUCGGAACGUUGUGCUACAAGUGAAAGGAGCCAGAGCAAUCGAAGCUCUUGCCGAGAAGAACCCGAAUAACCAAAGUGUGUUUCUUAAACUGGGUGCAGCAGAAGCACUUGCUCAACUUCUUAAGAGUAUCAAUGGCAAUGAAAGAGAGCAAGGUGCCUGUGCCCUCUGGGCUUUGGCAGGUCAUACACGUCCUCAACAGAAGAUAAUUGCAGAAACCAUUGGCAUUUCCAAUAUAAUUAAGAUGUUACUUGAAAACAAAUCAGAGAAAUUACUUUUAGUCGGUUGCCUCUCGGCCAUUGGACUGGUCAAAGAAGAUCUUGUUAAUCAAAGCAACAUGGUUAAAGCAGAUGCAUUGCAACAGCUAGUUCGGCUUCUCAACGGGAACCAUCUUUCUCAACAAGUUACCACAAUGGUAGUGAAAGUUCUGGGAGUGCUGUGUAUUGGUGUUGCUUACACCAAUAAUGAAUUUGUACAGUCAAAAAUCGCUGAAGAAGGUGCAAUACCUGUUUUGAUUCAGCUACAAGAUGAUUCCUCAUGUCCAGAGAUGCAAGUAGAAAUUCUCACAACAUUGGCAUGUAUUGUUCUACAGAACCAAAAUAACCAGACAUUGCUUUCAAAUGAGAUGAAAUUCAAUUGGAAUUGUCUCCUGAAUUUGCUACAGUCUCCAAAACAGGACAUACGUUUACGCAGUGGAAUGGCAUUGACAAUAUUUUCUUUUAAUAACUUAUCCUACCAAUAUUCCAUACGUCAUACAGGAGCCAUUGAUUACAGUAUAUAUGAAGAAUUUUUGGAGUCACCUGAUCCAUAUUUCAGAUCAUAUGCAGCAUUUCAGAUUGUUGUCCUUGCACGUGUGGUUAUGGGUCGCAGUUCUGUAUUCCUAACAGCAACUGGUGUAUCUAUCCUAGUUGAGACACUAAAAUCUGAAGACGAUGAUGUUGUCAUCUUAGCAGCUAGCCUUCUCUCAAGCUUAUCACACAUGCGAGCAGGGAUUACAGACGCCAUGGUAACUGUUGGCGCCCUUGAAUUCCUUAUAGAAAAAUUGAACACCACUUCAAACCCUCAACUGAGCAGUGCAGUGGCAAUAACUCUUGGAUAUCUCACUUUCAAUGCAACUGCAUCCAGAAAUCUGUUUACUGCUUGUAGAAAUAUGCCAGGCUUGUAUAAAACAUUGAUCAAAAACUUGAAAGGAAAUGCCAAGAUUAACUCCAAGUUCAUAGAUGACUUCAAAAUGGCUUGUGACAUUGGAUUGCCCUCACAAUGUCUGGAAAUAAACGGUGGCUUCCCAGUGCAGAAACCUAACCAAUGUAUGAAAGUAAACCAUUGGUGCAUGAAUCCGCCACUGGUGAGAGAUCAUUCAGCUGGUAGUAAAUAUGGAAAAGGUACUAAAACACACCUACUGCGAACCAAAUCUGCCUUUCCCCUCAGACAGAAGUCUCCUCAAAGGAGUAAACCUUUACUGGAAAAGUCCAAAACGAUGAUUGAAGUUAGAACUACACCAAAGAGCCCAUGAUCCAUUCAACAUCCAUAGAAAUAAAGAUAAAUGCUAUAUUGAACUGAAAUACAUAUUACACAUUCAACUAAGUACACAGGCACCUCAUAGGUAAAUAGAUACCUUUUGUACAUUUUCAUCUGUGUGGACACUUCUUUAAUCCCUAGCGCGCAACCACAGAGACUGUUCUCCCAACCAAUACAGUGUUGUGGGUGCCACUGGAUAACAGACUGAUGUUAUUUCACGCUUUCCGAUCCAUGAUGCUGGCCUGAGCAUGCACAAAGUGAACGCUAUUUGGUACUUCAAAAUUGUUUUAUGCACAAAGCAUAUCUACUAAAUUCUAAAUUAAAUAUUUAAAUGUAUCAAAUGACGUUUUUGUUUCUA